AAGUCGGACGCAUUAGAUGAUGCCACCGAAGGGAGUGAAGGUGGACUGUCGAUAGACCACAACGAUGAGGACGACGAAAUCGAAGCUCAUAAUAAGGUUGUGGCAAGCGCAUCUCCGGACAGCCACAUGGACGAAGCGGAUGAAUCGAACGCGAAUGAGAACGUUGCAGAGAAUUCGAAAGCAGCCACUUUGCUACAAGAGGUUUCAUCGUCUCAGGAGGAUUGCAAAUCAGAGGUGCUGUCCUCAGUGAUGAGAAUGAGCUCAACUCCAGCAAACGAUGCACAGACCACAACCGUUAGCACAACCGUAUCGCCAGUGGCUCGAAACACUCCUUCGGCAUCCGUCAAAGCGGUCACAACGGUCUCACCGAAAUGUGAAACACGCCCAUCGCUCACUUCAACGUCGGCUCUCUCGGGUUCCUCAUCGUCCACAUCCUCAUCGACCAACCACCAGCGAUCUCGUAAAUCUAAGAAUCGUCGCUUCGGAAUACGUAAACCGCCAUCACGAUUGAAACGUAAAGAAGUGGCCAAGCUACGUGAGAUGAGCAUGCGACUUGGUGGUGCACAGUACUUCAAGAAACGUGUCAAUGAAACAGCACAAUGCGAGAAAUGCGGCGUGAUAACAACGUCUCGUAUGAGUGACCAUGCUUAUCGUCAUAUGGACGCUCAGUUGUUCUUGUGUCCACAUUGCGAUAAUGGAAGUCAAUCGAGAGAGUUGGUCGUGCGUCAUAUGCGUGAUAUGCAUAAUUCAACAGAACAUCCAAUCGAUGAUCGACUCAAAUAUGCGGCUGAAAUUAAGGAAAUGAUCCGACAAUGCUAUCCAGCGUUCUUUAUCGACGCACCGAUUCCAACUGCGGCUGAUAUCGAGAAAUUGUUCGUUCCUGUUUUGAUUACAUGA